CUAUAAAGCCCGCGUUUGAUUAGACUGUGUUACAUUUCAGUUUUGUGAUUUCAGGAAAUAGGAUAAACAUGACUUAUUUAGCAAUUGUAGGAGUAUCACUAGGCCUAAUAUUGACCUGCAACUGCCAAGGCCAAUAUAAAAAUGGAGGCUAUAAUCAAGAAGAACAGUACAACUAUCAGAAAGCGCCUCCUCCACAAAUUUUAACGCAUAAACAAGCGUUGAAUCAUGAUGGCAACUUCAAAUACCUCUUCACUUCAGAAAAUGGUCUCGCUCAGGGGGAGAGUAUAGCUCCUGAUGGAUCUAGAAACGGUGGAUACAGUUACGUAGACCCUAGUGGAAGGAAGAUCUCGGUGAAAUAUACAGCCGGUAAGGAAGGUUUCAGGAUAUUGGAAGCCGACCACUUGCCAAAAGCUCCACAACCCGUUGCUCCACUUCCCGUUACUCAACAGCAGCAAACACAAGCUUACCAACAACCUCAGCCUCUCUAUGGAAGGCAACAUGAUGAUGGACAAUAUAGGCCACAACAAUAUGAAAGACCACAACAGAUCCAGCUGCCGUCUGUAGCACACGCAAGACCUGCUUAUGCCCCUCCUCUGACGGUUUCAGGAUCUCCUAGGUCGAAUGCUCUGGAAGACAGAGACUACAAUGAUGAACCCGGAAAACCACACAGUUUCGGUAGUGGCUAUCUUUUUGAAUUCUCUGGGUAAAAUGGUACAGUCUGUGAUGUCACUGAGUGUCAUUGUUGAUUUUCAUAUUUUUUGGAAGCAGGUAUAAUGGUAGGGUUAUGGAAUCUUACUUUUCCUCUUAUUAGUAUUCAUCCUCUUAUAGCCAUAUUUAUAUCAAUCAUGUUUUCACUACCCACGCUAUAGUACAACAGUAUCAUUAUAUAUCGAGGCAAAAGGUUAGAGUUAGGUACGAAACUAACCUCACUGCUAUAUUAGGGUUUAUAGUACCAAUGCAGGUUACAGUCAAGCUUUUGAAUCAGGACUGCGGCUGAAAAAUACUCUUUAAUUCUCAUUAUUCCUCUUGCUUAUGGAUAUGAUUUGAACACAAAGGCCUGAAUGUUAUUGGUCUCUGAAUUCAUCCUACAAAGACCUAUAACUUCCUUUAGGUCAAGAUGUAAUCAGAUCAAGGAUAAGUAGAUACUGUUAGUAGUUAAUAGAUUAGUAGACUACUGUUACCAACUUCUUAUUUGAGCUUGCUCAAACUGAUCAAACCAUUAUCAUCUGCAAACAUUAUCAAGUAUUGAUGUCUGAAUGAAUAACGCAUAAAUACAAUAUAUUUCAGUAGCAACAGUUCUGUCAACUCUUCAGAAGUUGAAAGUAAAAGAGACCAAUCAUUUUGAUUGACAAUAUCAUUCCAAAGAGCUUUUACAAGAGAAGCAUAUUCACCAGCAGAGUUACCAGAAUAUCAUAUCCAUUCUCACUUUUGUGCAAAGUUACAAUAAUUUUAGUUUUCUAACUAGUUAUUUGUAUUCUCUAUUCUCUACUUUAUUUCUUAUAAAAUCUUCUUCAAGCUCUUUUGUCUUUCUAUGUCUUCUAUCAGGACUGAUAUAUUUAUAUAGGUGGUGGUUUUACUUCUCUUUCCUUUACCCUUCAAACAAUCGACUAAUUUCCAUUAGAAUUGGUGGAUACUCAUAUAGAGAUUCUAGAUUGUAGAUACAUUUCACUAAUCAAAUUUUUCCCUCUUCAGUGUUUUAAUGUUCUGUGAAAAUAUGAAAAUCAGUCAGUCGAUGCACACGAUAAUAACGUGUGCAUUUAUUUCUAAGGUGUUAUGUGAAUUAAUUAAAGUUAUACAAACGAU